AUGGAAGGUUUAGCCCAGUUCAAAAAUGUCCCUUUAGUGUUGUUUGUGAAUGGAAAAAAGAUAACCGAUGCUACUCCUGAUCCUGAAUGUACUCUGUUGACAUAUUUGCGUGACAAAUUACUUCUCUGUGGCACGAAGCUCGGAUGCGCCGAGGGAGGAUGUGGGGCAUGUACGGUGAUGGUGUCGAAGGUCGAUCGGAAAACUGGCCUUCUACAGCAUCUGGCGGUCAACGCUUGCCUUACACCGGUAUGUUCCGUUCACGGGAUGGCCGUAACAACGGUCGAGGGUAUUGGAAGCACCCGGACACGCCUCCACCCGGUACAGGAACGCAUCGCAAAGGCACACGGCUCGCAGUGCGGCUUUUGCACUCCCGGAAUCGUAAUGUCGAUGUACUCGUUGCUCCGCAGCUCUCCUGUUCCGUCCAUGAAAGAACUAGAGGUAGCUUUCCAGGGCAACCUAUGUCGCUGUACCGGAUAUCGACCGAUCCUCGAGGGAUACAAAACGUUUACCAAAGAGUUCGGCACCAACUGUGCCAUGGGAGAGAAUUGUUGCCGAAACGGAAACGGUACAGGCUGCGGACAGAACGGCAGCGAAAAAGAUAACGAGCUUUUCCAGCCGAGCGAAUUCAUCCCCUACGAUCCUUCCCAAGAGCCCAUCUUCCCACCGGAAUUGAAGCUAUCGGAUAAACUCGACUCAGAAUCGCUAGUUUUUCGUACGUCGCGCACGGCAUGGUACCGUCCGACGAAACUCGCCGAUUUGUUAGCGCUGAAAAAAGUUCAUCCGGAAACGAAGAUUGUGAUCGGUAACACGGAAGUAGGGGUGGAAGUCAAGUUUAAGCACUUUGAGUAUCCCGUCCUUGCCAAUCCUUCCCAAAUAAAGGAACUGACAAUAAUCGAGCGACAAGCGCAGGGAAUGAAAAUAGGAUCCGCAGUGACGUUGAUGGAAAUGGAAAACGCGCUCCGAAAGGAAAUUGAAACCGGUCCAGAGACUGAAACGCGUUUGUUUCAAGCUAUCGUUGACAUGUUGCACUGGUUUGCAGGCAAGCAAAUUCGCAAUGUAGCCUCGGUGGGAGGUAACAUAAUGACGGGAAGCCCUAUUUCCGACUUGAACCCCAUCUUUACUGCAGCUGCAAUCGAACUGGAAGUAGCAAGCCUAGACGGUGGAGUUCGGAAAGUGCACAUGGGCGAUGGAUUCUUCACUGGCUAUCGAAAGAACGUGAUUCAACCCCAGGAAGUUCUUCUGUCCCUGUUUAUCCCUCGGACCACCAAAGACCAGCACUUCAUUGCGCAUAAACAGGCCAAACGGCGGGACGACGAUAUAGCCAUCGUGAACGGAGCGUUCAAUGUUCAGUUUCGCCCGGGCACAGAUAUCGUCGAACAAAUCCAUCUGGCAUUUGGCGGAAUGGCGCCAACUACUGUUCUGGCCAAGAAGACGGCCGCUGCUCUAGUCGGAGCUCGUUGGGAUGCGCAGCUUGUCGAACGGUGCAACGAUUUGCUCGUGGAGGAACUUCCACUCAGUCCAUCGGCUCCCGGUGGUAUGAUCGUUUAUCGUCGAUCGCUCACGUUGAGCCUCUUCUUUAAGGCAUACCUAGCGAUCGCCCAAUCGCUUGACAAACAACAAAUCCCAAACAGGAAACCCAUUGAUGAUCGUGAGAAGAGCGGUGCCAGCACUUUCCAUACGUUAGUGCCGAAGAGCACUCAAUUGUUUGAAAAGGUUUCAGGCGAUCAACCCAUCACCGAUCCAAUCCGUCGACCACAAGUGCAUGCUUCAGCUUACAAACAGGUCACAGGAGAAGCAAUCUAUUGUGACGAUAUUCCAAAGUUUGUCAACGAGUUAUAUUUGGCAUUCGUGUGCAGCACGAAAGCGCACGCGAAAAUUCUAUCAAUCGAUCCAUCGGAAGCACUGAACCAGGAAGGUGUUCAUCGAUUCUUUAGUGCGGAAGAUCUGACCGACGAGCAAAACCGCCUUGGUGCAAUAGUGGAAGACGAGUGGGUGUUUGCGAAAGAUAUUGUUACCAGCCAGGGGCAGAUAAUUGGCGCCGUGGUAGCAGAGAAGGAAUCAACUGCUAAACAGGCUGCAAAAAAGGUUAAAAUUUUGUACGAAGACAUCUCGCCCAUCAUAGUGUCAUUGGAAGAUGCAAUCAUGAGACAAUCUUUCUUCCCGGAAGGAUCACUACGGCUGGAAAUCGGUGAUGUGGAUGCAACAUUCCAAUCAUCAAACACCAUUGUGGAAGGAGAGUGUCGCACAGGUGCUCAGGAACAUUUUUACCUUGAACCUAUUGCUUGCAUUGCUUUCCCACGUGAUUCAGACGAGUUGGAAAUCAUCAGCUGUAGUCAACAUCCGGCAGAAGCACAACGCAAAGUGGCCAAUGCAUUAGGCAUGCCAUGCCAUAAAGUGUUUUCACGGGUAAAACGUCUAGGUGGAGGAUUUGGUGGUAAAGAAACGAAAGUUGACCUGUUUGUCACACCCGUUGCAUUAGCCGCUUAUCGCCUGCGGAGGCCAGUUCGAUGUGUCCUGGAUCGAUGCGAUGAUAUGGCCGUUACUGGAACUAGACAUCCCUUUUUGGUGCAGUAUCGUGUGGCAGUCUCGGAGGAAGGAUUGCUACUGGCCGGCGAAUAUAAAGCCUAUUGUAACGCAGGUUAUUCGAGGGAUUUGUCAUAUUCCGUAAUGCAACGGGCUUUGUUGCAUAUUCAAAAUGCCUACAAAAUACCUACGCUUCGCAUUGAAGGAUGGGUUUGUAAAACCAAUAUUCCAUCCUGUACAGCUUUUAGGGGGUUCGGGUCUCCACAGGCGAUGCUUGUAGCCGAAACUGUUAUACGACACGUAGCACAGAAGCUAGAGCUUGAUCAUGUCGCAGUGAUCGAGCGAAAUUUGUACAACAAUGGUGAUCGCACACAUUACAACAAACUGAUAGACAAUUGUACAGUAAGGCGGUGCUGGAACGAACUUCUGGAAUCUUCUGAACUCCAAAACCGACAAAUCGAAGUGGACAACUUUAAUCGAGCUAAUCGAUGGCGCAAGCGUGGAAUCGAUGCAGUACCGACGAUGUACGGCAUUGCUUUCAACGUACCCGGUCUCGAUCAAUCUGGUGCAUUGGUACAUGUUUAUCAAGAUGGAAACGUGCUGAUAGCACACGGUGGCGUUGAAAUGGGACAAGGAUUGCAUACUAAAAUGAUUCAAGUAGCUGCUACUGCCCUUCAAAUUCCGUUCGAAAAGAUCCACUGCUCUGAGACCAAUACGGACAAGGUGCCGAAUACUUCGGCGACGGCUGCAAGCGUUGCCUCCGAUUUGAAUGGUGCUGCCGUUUUAAAUGCCUGCCAUAAACUUCUAGCACGUAUAGAACCCUACCAAAAGAAGGAUGCCACAGCGGGUUGGAACACCUGGGUCCAACAGGCCUAUCUUGAUCGGGUUUCUCUUUCUUCAACCGGUUUCUAUGCCACACCGGAUAUAAAUUACAAUUUUGCUACGAACACUGGCAAUCCCUUUCACUACUACACAUUCGGUGCGGCUUGCUCCGAGGUGGAAAUCGACUGUCUCACGGGAGAUCACCAGGUGUUGCGUACGGACAUUGUGAUGGAUGUGGGUUCUAGCAUCAAUCCUGCGAUCGACAUCGGUCAAAUCGAGGGAGGCUUCAUGCAGGGAUAUGGCCUCUUCAUGCUCGAAGAAAUGAUAUACUCGCCGACAGGUGAGGUAUACUCGCGAGGUCCGGGUACCUACAAACUCCCCGGAUUUGGAAACAUUCCUGGCGAGCUUAACGUCUCGCUGCUAACCGGAGCACCAAAUCCCCGGGCUGUUUAUUCAUCCAAAGCCAUCGGAGAACCACCACUAUUUUUAGCAUCGUCAGCGUAUUUUGCAACUAAAGCCGCUAUUGCAGCUGCACGAAAGGAAGAAGGGAUCUUAGAUAAUUUCAACCUAAUUGCCCCUGCUAGUGCAGCUCGCAUUAGGAUGCUCUGUAGCGAUAGCAUUACACAUAAGUUUCCCGAGGAAGAUACUACCAAAUCGUGGAAUGUAAUGGCAUAAAUGGGUUCCAAAA